UCCUUUCAUUGUCUGUAUGACCUAUGCCUUCCAUACUCCAGAUAAACUCUGCUUCAUCUUGGAUCUGAUGAACGGGGGCGAUUUGCACUAUCACCUUUCACAACACGGGGUGUUUUCUGAGAAGGAGAUGCGGUUUUACGCCACUGAAAUCAUCCUGGGGCUGGAACACAUGCACAAUCGGUUUGUGGUUUACAGAGAUCUGAAGCCCGCAAAUAUCCUCCUGGAUGAGCACGGACACGUCAGGAUAUCCGAUCUCGGUCUCGCCUGUGACUUUUCCAAAAAGAAGCCCCACGCGAGCGUUGGCACCCAUGGGUACAUGGCCCCCGAGGUGCUGCAGAAGGGGACAGCGUAUGACAGCAGUGCCGACUGGUUCUCCCUGGGUUGCAUGCUUUUCAAGCUUCUGCGAGGGCACAGCCCUUUCAGACAGCACAAAACCAAAGACAAGCAUGAGAUAGACCGAAUGACCCUCACCGUGAACGUGGAACUCCCAGAGGCCUUCUCGCCGGAACUGCGGUCGCUCCUAGAAGGCCUGCUCCAGAGAGACGCCAGUAAGCGGCUCGGCUGCCACGGAGGCGGGGCACAAGAAGUAAAGGAGCACAUCUUUUUCAAGGGCAUCGACUGGCAGCAAGUCUACUUACAGAAGUACCCUCCACCCUUGAUUCCUCCCCGGGGAGAAGUCAAUGCUGCUGAUGCCUUUGACAUUGGCUCAUUUGAUGAAGAGGAUACCAAGGGCAUCAAGGUACACAUGUGAUGUUCGCCCUGGGUGUUUUGGAGGGUGGGGAGGCUUUUUAUUGGCUGUCAAACUGAGUGAUUGUCUUAGCAUUGGCCUGCUGGUGGAAUGUAACUUACCAGUCAAUACCUAUAUAUUGGAAGAAUGUAGAAGUCAAGGACCUAAAUUAGAAACGAUGAAAGCUUUCUGUGGACUAAUCAUUUUAUGUUUGACAACCUGGGAAGUGGUCAGUUUCUUACGGAUUUGGAUAUAUUUGUGAUUGGAAUAGAACUCGAACUUACAUGAGGCAGAGAAGAAACAGCUGUGACAGUGAACACACUUUGCCAUGGGCCGAAGAGCCAGCCAUCUUAAUCCUUUUAAGUUUUCAGACCUCUCUGUGUUAGGAUGAAGAGAGCAAACAGCAUGAGUCAUUCUGCAUUUGUCAAUCAAAAGUGAAAUAAUCACUGUGGUUUUUUUUUUUUAAUAUAAUUCUCUGCAUUUUUCAAACUUUUGUUCAUAUCAUUAUGUUUCCCAGUAGACAAGGCAUAAUUACAGACAGUGAGUCAUGAGGGAAAACCAUCCUCCUCAGGCUGCUAAGUCAGAGUGUAUCACUACAUGCCGGGCUCACAUCUGCCCCCACCUUCUCUGCGUCCCCCAGGACCUCCCCAUCUUUUCUCAGCUGCCUCCUUAUACCCUGGUGGUGUAAGCCCCCCCCACUUUUCCUACCAAGCAGCUCCCCCUCCAGAAGGCUGUAAGCACACACUGUAAGCACACACACCUGUGAGGAGCCGUGGCCAGGGACACACAGAACUGGAACCAACGGGGCCUGGAGACAGAAGUGGUGGGUGAGCGGCUGGGGAGGAGGGAAGCUGCAGGAGACCCCACGAGAGGCCAGGCGCAUUGGGGCCCGAGGAAUGGCAGCUGGUUGGAACUGGCAGUGUCAGGAAGGAGGGGCGAUCAGGGUGCUCCCAGGACCAGCUUCCCAGGAGGGGAAGCCGAGGCGAAGAGGAGGUGGAGGGGGCUGAGGCCACUUCUGUGGUCUGGCGCAGUGGCUCUCCCAGGGGCCGCAGCGUGUCCGGUGCCGCGACGUGCGCGCUGCCAGGCGUGGUCUGCAGCCUGGACAGAGCACGCGGCAGGUGUGGAAGUACCUCUGUGCAGCCGUGCUCUGGGGAAGGAUCAUUCACGAAGUCGCUUAAAAGGAUUGCUGUUGUCACAAUAGAAUUUUGUCAGCAAAGGUACUACCGUCCACGAAAGGGUGCUAAAAACGAAGCGGCUGUGAUGUGGGAGCCCACAGACAUUCUCGAUGUUAAAAAGAGAUUUCUCAUACUUUAAAUUUUGUUAACCAUAAUCGUGGCUCUGGAGUCAGACAGACUGGGCUCCAAUCUGCCCUUAUUUGCUGAGUGACUUCGGGUAACCCCUCGCGCCUUGGUUUUGCCUCCUGUGAGGUAGAAGAGAGAGCCGCUUUAAGCCUCCUGGCAUGUCAUCCAUGCUUCAGCUAGGAGGUUCUGUCAACGUGGUUUUCGUUCUUCGUGACCAAGAGCUGAGGAUGAGCACGCUCAGAACAAGAAGGGGCGUGUGGCCAGGGGCCCAGCGGGAAAUGAGGAGCCCGGGACAGCCUUGUCCAGCUAGAGGGUCUGCAUCUUAAGAAACCAUGCAUUCUUUACCUUUAAAAAAGCAGCCCAA